CUAUUGCGCGGGCAGAGUGGUGGUGGGACGCGCGGGUGCGACGGAGCAGGGCCGCCGCGGCCGGGUAGGCUUCAUUGGGGAGACAAGUAACCCUAGUGCGUGUUGUGUCAACGGGUAUCCGGCAUGGAAACCGUCGAGAGUGCCAAGAAGAUGAACGCACAUGCGCAAGGCGCCGUAGCAAAAAUUUGUGGUGUGGAAACUGAAUUGGAAUACGUUCGGCCGAUCAGGCCAUGGAAGCCCCACCCCAGCAUCGCAGUUGCUUGCAGUGAAGACCAGCGCGAACGGCGCAACAAAGCGCACGAAGCGGAGAAGAGAUAUGUGGCAAUGGACUUGCUACCAAGAACCAUGCAGCUGGUCCAGGACUUUGACCUGUUUGAUUGGUUCAACCGCUCAAAAUGCACUGGACUGCUGCAGGUCCAGGCGGCAGAAAUCAAGUCCAAGAAUAUAAACUGGCAGUCUUAUUUGCAGUCUCAGAUGAUCAGCGAAGAAGACUAUAACUUCAUCGUGGCCUACGACAACGCCCUGAACGACCCGAGCCAGCGAAACGCGCUGGUGCGCGCGCAGAGCAACCAGUGCGCUAAGACGUUCCUCAACCUGUUGGGCCACAUCUGCAAGGACCACACCAUCCAGUACCUGCUGGUGCUGAUCGAGGACAUGCUGUCGGACAAGGAGAACGGCCAGGUGUUCCGCGAGUACGCGCGCCGCAAGGGCGAGAGCGUCUGGGCGCCGUUCCUGAACCUGCUGAACAGGCCGGACGACAUCAGCGUCAACCUGACGGCCUGGAUCCUGGCGCGGCUGGCCAGCGACGGUGGUCCGCAGAUGGAGGGCUCCGACCUGCAGCUCUACAUGACCUGGCUCAAGGACCAGCUGCGCAAGCCGGACAACCAGUACCUGCCAACGGUGGUGCGCUGUCUGCAGCUGAUGUUGCGGCUGGACCAGUACCGGCUGGCCUUCUUGCGCGUUGACGGCGUCGCCACGCUGCUGGCCGUGCUCUCGUCGGGCGUCAACUUCCAGUGCCAGUACCAGCUGGUCUUCUGCCUCUGGGUGCUCACCUUCAACGCCGACGUCGCUGAGGAGAUGAGCAAGUACAGCAUGAUACCGCUGCUCUCCGACGUCCUGAUCGACACGGAGAAGGAGAAGGUGGUCCGCAUGUGCGUCGCCACGUUCCGGAACCUGGUGGACAAGCCGACAAAUGCGUCGCUGGCGCGCGAGAACGCCAUCCAGAUGGUGCAGUGCAAGGUGCUGCGCCACCUGGAACUGAUUGGCCAGCGCUAUAACACGGACGAGGACCUGCGCGCCGACGUCGACUACCUCACCGAGAAGCUGACGCUCAGCGUGCACGACCUCAACUCGCUGGAUGAGUACACCACCGAGGUGAAGUCUGGCCGGCUGGAGUGGUCCCUGGUGCACAAGUCGGACAAAUUCUGGCGCGAAAAUGCCAGCCGCCUCAACGACAACAACUACCAGCUGCUCAAGAUGCUGAUCCACCUGAUCCAGACCUCCAAGGACCCCCUGGUGGUCAGCGUGGCUUGCCACGACAUCGGCGAGUACGUCCGACACUACCCCAGGGGAAAACACGUUCUGGAGACUCUGGGUGGCAAACAGCGGGUGAUGGAGAAGAUGCUCUCAGAGGAUCCAAACGUGCGCUUGUGCGCCCUGUUGGCCGUCCAGAAGAUCAUGGUGCACAACUGGGAUUACCUGUCCAAGAAACUGGCGAAGGAGGAGGUGGAGAGCAGAGAUGCGAUCAUGAAGAACCCCUUGGGACCGCUGCAGUAGUACCGUUUAUUGAGAGCCGUCCGAACUACCACGCACAAACCCUUGUGUAAGGCCUUCUACCCAGCGCAGGGCAUGCCAGUCGUGAUCCGAACCAGGAGUCCUGCGCCCACCCUAUUCUGCGGACCGAUGCAGGCUGCUGCGCCGCAUCGGAACAUCUCAACAGGACUGAAUUGGCAGGGCGUGCCUGGAUGUAAAAACGUAAUUUUUAUCCCUAUGUAGUGAAGCAUUUAGACCAUAGUGCGGCGUUGUGUUGUCGCAUACUUGUACAAUAGUAUAUGGAUACCCGCCGACGGUAUCUUCUGAUGGCAAGAUUGGUGUAGGGAGUCGGGGUUUGAUGGUUGAAUCGACACGUUACGCCGAAUCUUCAAAACGAAUCAUGCAAGUAUCCGCCCAUCACGGCCCCGCCGUCGCUGCACGAAUUCGUUGAAGCGCGCCCGCGUCUUUCACGUGCAUCUCCGGCGUGCGACCGGCGGCGACGCGGAAGCGCCUUGGUCAGUGUCGAGUGCGGUAUCUGUCUGCGCGUGCCCUAGGGACGAAGAGCCCACUGAUCCGGGUCUGGCCUCCAGCCGGUCGCCGGCAGAUGCUGAAGUGAUAGGCCUUGGUUUUGUCACCGGGUUCCGGUGCGCCGGCGGCGGGGACAGCGUCCGAUGAAGCCUUGACGUCGGCAGCGCCGACCGAGCCGCUAUGCUGUGUGAAACCGAGGCUGUCGUAACUAACGGUGCCAAUGGAACGCGUGCCUCACUUCAUUAGUCUAUGCUUAAUCGCGUGUCGCGGAGUGUCGUACCCGCUGCAGCAUAAUGUGUGAGCGCGAUACAAUUUCUAUCGGUGUUGGGUGAGAGGUAAUGAAUAUGACGUAUGAUGACAUGGCACAUUCCAAUGGCACACGGGCAGGCGUCUGGUUUGCGGGACAUUUAUGGCAACACUAUUUUAGUGUAGUUUUCGAUUGCAAACCGUCCAAUCUUUAGCUACAAAUGUGUGUGUGUGUGUGUGUGUGUGUGUGUGUGUGUGCGGGCAUGGAAUGGUUGACAUUUGUUUACGAUAUCCGUAGUUGAAAUACAUAGUAACUCAUGUC